GCUCCGAUGACACAGAGGACAGGACGGUGUUAAGCAGGUGAGUUGCAUCAUUAGCUGGAUCGGUCAUAACACGAAGCGUCGCCCCGUCACACAGGAGGAGACGGCCGCGCUGCAGCCAGGGACCUAACGUGGAACGGAGAAGGAACACCAGAAAAGAAACAACCUUAAGUGAUCCAAAGGCUUGUUAUGAUGGAAACCAAAGACCCCAGAGCAAGCCCAGAGGGUCCGAUCCCUCAAGACGACGGCGGUCUGUGGAUGAAGAUAAACUCUAACAUCCCUGUUACGGACCAUAUACACGAGCCCAGUGGUCAGAGUCCUGGAGAUGAAACUACAUUUGCCCCCAGUGCACCAGCAGUGAUCACUAGAUAUGUUGGUGUGAUGGAUGAUGAGGGCGCAGACAACGUCUUCAUCCCUCUUCCUCCAUCCUACAUGGAUCUGUUGCUGCCAGGCAAGGGCAGCACAGAUGCUACGUCCAGUUAUUCUGGAUUGACCCUUACAAAUGGGGCAGCUGACGCCACAGAGGCUGAGGCUAAUCCCAGCGGCUUAGACUGGCCUCCCGGUGAGAAGCAGAUAAUGGCAGAGCAGAGCGAGUUGGAUAAAGGGAUAGCAAACACACCGCAGGCUUCUGAGGAGUCGAAAAACAUUAUACCCAGCGAUCAAAACCAAAGAUCCAUGGAGGAAAUAUGUUAUUUAUCCGGAAGACAGCAUAAGGAAAACACAACAGGAGGUGAAGAAUCAAAAUUGGAGCAAGAGGAUAUCGCAAUUUUUAGUGAAAGGCAGGAAAAGUGGAGGGAAGAGGAGAAAGACAAAUAUCCAAAACAGGUACCUUCAAGCAGUGACGAAAAAUCUGAAAAUGACACGUGUUUUGAGAAAAAGGGAACACAAUCCAAAGAAAUGUGUGGAACUUUUGAUUCAGACUCAAAGCCAACUACAGAAAAUGUCCACUGUGACGAUGAGGAGAGUGAUGAGGAUUUUGAGCCCUAUGGGCCACCAGAGCUCAGCCAAUGCAACCACAACACGACGGACGCAGCAACCGACCCGCCACAGGUACCAGAAACCCCAACACAGGUCUCCAGUGGUGAUAAAGCGCAUGUUGACAACAUUUCUUGGAACUAUACCGUCACAAAGACCGAGUGGGUGAGGAGAGAGAGCGACACAAGCGAAACGCAAGUGUCCCAACUCUCCGUCUCUGGGGGCAACGAAGAAAUGCCAACGAUGGAAGAACAGGAGGACGGAAGCAGGAGAAUCACAACAGAUAUCCAACAAGGAGAGCAACUCCUUGAACGUCUGCAACGUUUGCAGCUGCAACAGGAGGGGUGUUCGCCAGAGAGUCCUCAGGACUCCCAGAAGGUUGUGCAAGAGACGAGGAGAGGCGAGACAAACGGUGCGUUUGGGACCAAGGUGGAUGAUCUGACAGCAAGAGAAGCCAAUCUGACGUGUGGAGAUAAGACGGAAGAAACUGCAAAGACAAACCUGAUGGAAAAGAGAGACGUUGAAGCAAGGAUGCCUUCGUCCACAACGCCCGUAGACUGGGAGCUUCAGGCAAUUGCCAGAGACAGUCAUUGGAAUCCUUUGAUUAAAACCCCGGCCUAUGGCAGCCAGGUUCCUUCAGACUUGUCUUUAACCAACACCCAGGAAAAAUCUCCCGGCCAAGUUCCCUUUCCAUCCCCGUUCCAGCAACUCUCGGUUGCUGAGAUGUCGAUCCAAGAGGAAGCCCAGGGGAGGCAGAUCCUGCAGAGAGCCGUUGGUGUCCUCAAUCAGGCAGAUAAUCCAGAUGUGCUGGAGAUCCCCUUUAAGACCAAUGUCUCGCUUGAGCCACUACCCACCAAGGAUGGCCCCUCUGGCAACUGGCAGUUCUCCGAGCAGAAGAUGAAGAAGGAGAUAAGUCAGGAGAUCCAGAGGGAGCUGGUGAUGGUAAACCAGGGGAAGAUCCCAGGAGGCUACAGCAAAGGGGAAGUCCGCCAGUUAAAGGAGACAAAAUUGCUGUUUGAGGCUUUCCAGCAGGAUAACACGGAGGGUCCACAAAGGCAACGAAAACCCCGUACCUCACUGAAGAAAGGUCGCGUAUACCCUUCUGUGCUAGAGCGUACACGUAGUCUGGAGAUGCUGUCCCUCAAAAGUUGCUCUCUUUCCAGGGCGCAUUCCCUCAGGCAGUGUAAAGAGACUGAGAAGACCCCCGAAAUCUUAAGAUCCAUAAGUCCAAUUGGCAGUUCACGAGACAAAACCUCCUUCCCCGCCUACACAAAAGGACCUGUGUACAGAAGCAUGGACUCCAUAAAGACAGAUGUCUCAGCUGUGGACAUGGGGCGGAGAUCUAGGGACGGACACGCAACCCAGGACUCUCCCGUCCUCCAACAAAACCCUUUCGUCAAGUUGCGUCCAGCCUUGGCUCUAAAGCCGGAAGUAGAGAAGGACAUCCGGGAGGCCAAAGAAAGAGAAGAGGAGCUGCGAAGACAGAGGUGUGAUCUGUAUGGAGAGAACACGCAGAGGGGUGAAGACGGAGAGACGUCACGAUUUAAAGGAAUGUUUCCUUCAGGUGUCAGCAAACAGUCCAGCGGGAAACUAGAACGAGUUUGGCCGCCGCCGCCGUCCAUGAAGGACCAGAUGAAAUCUGAACAGACGCAGCAGGAGUCGAAGGCUCACCGAGCUGGGGGACAGAAGUCUCCUCUGUGGCAGCGCUGGGAGUCCGGUCUGAUCAACGGGGAAGGAAAGGAGAAGAAGUGAUCCGACGUCUUCUACACUACAAAUGUAUAUAAAUAUAAAGGAGGCUACGUACGUUAGAGCUGCACAAGUCCAAGAGCAGGGCUGUAGUCAAGACCACCUUAGUCGAGUCCAAGACAAGUCCAAGACCAGCACUAGUCAAGUCCAAGUCAAGACCGGGUCUAAAAAGGUCAGAGUCCAAGUCAAGACCGAGUCCAAAAAGGUCAGAGUCCAAGUCAAGACCGAGUCCAAAAAGGUCAGAGUUCAAGACAAGACCGAGUCCAAAGAGGUCAGAAACCAAGACAAGACCAAGUCCAGGACAGAAA